CGCAGCUAGGGUUUCAAUUUGUCCAACCGGGGAAGCACAAACCGUCUUCGCAAACACCCAUCCACAACCCUUCCGGUCUGAUCGCUUGUGCAGAAAACGCAGGAUCUCACAUGGAGGGAACCCCGAAACGUCCAUGGUCUGAUCUCCCGCCGGAGCUUCUCUCCAUGAUCGGCUCUCGGCUCCAAACUCGCACGGACGUCCUCUGGUUCCGUAGCGUUUGCUCUUCCUUCCGCACCUCGAUCCCCCUGCCUGCCCAGCGAUUCCCUUUCCGAAUACCUUGCUCGCCGGUGCCCGACCUCUUCCUCCGCGAGAGCACGGUCUACACCCUCGAGACGCCGGCGGACGGAGCUGCCUCCAAUCGCGCGCGGUGCCUGGUGAAGCUCAGGGAGUCGGAUCUCGGGAACAUGCGGAUCCUCAGCCUCUUCUCGCGGCGGCCGGUCGCGUCCUUGCCCCUCAAGUUCCGAGAGGUACUUGAUUCUCUCCAAUUCCGAAUGGUUGAAGUCUGUAGAGAAUACACGCUCGAAUAUGACCGUGGAACCGGAGCCUAUCCAAUUAUGAAGAAAGUUGUGGUGCAUCCAGAUUGUGUAUGGACUGAUCUAGAUCAAUGUUCGGUUUAUUUCAUUGAUCAAGAUCACUUAUGUUAUUGGAAGUAUGGGGAUGAGACGUGGAGCCAUUUAGGCCGCGGUUAUGACGACAUUGUAGUCUAUGAAGGCAAAGUUUGUGUCGUCGACAAAAUGGGGUCGGUUUCGCAGAUCGAUUCAUCUUUCGGACUUCGACAUUUCUCACCGCCAAUUGAUGGCGGCAACCACGGCGGCAGCCAGAAGCGUUUGGUGGUGUCAAGUGGCAAUCUUUAUGUAGUGGACAUACGCAUUCGUGGAAAAAGGAGGUGUGAUUUUAGAGUCUACAGAUUGGAUCAACAAUGUGGGAGAUGGGAGGAGGUGAGAAGCUUGGGCAAUUCGGCCUUCUUCCUCUGCAGCCUCUGCUCAUUCGCGGUCUCGGCGCGUGAGCUUGACGGGUGCGAAGGGGAUUGCAUCUACUAUGUUUCGAGGGAUGUUAAGGUGUUCAGCUUGGCGGAUCGGAGCCACAAGUCGCCGGACUUUCUGGUUUAUUGCGUUGAUGAAGAAAGACUAUUAGGUUUUUGGCAGUAACGGGGAUGAGACUAUAUGGGAUGCACUUAUAUUUGUAGCCUUUGGAAUUCGAAAAAUGAGAACCGGAGGCGUUUACCGGCUCUCAUUCUAGAUAUCAACG